AUGUCACAUAUUCAAGAAUUACCAAGGGAGGUGGCAGGUGAAACAAGGCAUCCAUUGCAGAUUGAGGACCCAUUAGCCGAUCAGCAGAUCAUACAGACUCAUUUGAAUGACGAUGGUUCGACAUCAAAUUACUUUGAUAAGAGAAAGUUGAAAAUAGCACCUCGAUCGACAUUGCAGUUCAAGGUUGGCCCGCCAUUUGAAUUGGUGGGCAGUUAUAAUACAGUGCUGGAAGCAGACACUUUAGAGACGGUUUUGUUCCAAAUAAAUCCUAGGAUUGACAGAGGUUUCGAUUUCAUAGAUGACGGAUGGGUUGGGUACAAAAGAAAUUAUUUCACGUUAGUUUCCUCCUUCGAGACGCCUGGGCUUGAUUUGGAUACUUUUUUGAACAGUUCCUUCAAAGUUCAAAUGCAUGAUAGACAUAACAGUCCUCUUCUACUAGUGAAAUAUUUUGCCGUGAAGAUCAGAGCACGAAGUGAUGACGACCGGACGGAAAUCAGUUUAGUGCAGCACACUGCAAAGAGAGAUAAAGGACCACAAUUUACGCCUGCUACAUGUCCGCUUAUUCCUUCCGCGUUGCCGCAACAUCAAAUCAUCAGAGAGGCAUCGAACGUUAGAAACUCCGUUAAGAUGAGAAAGUAUGACUCUACCUUUUUCUUCCAUAGAGAUGAGGAUAGGGAAAAAUAUAACGUGCAUGGAAUUGUUUAUUCAUACCCAGACGAAUGUAUUCAAAAAGUGGCUCGAUAUGAACGAGUACAGUUCGCAUCCUCGAUUAACGUCAAGAAACCCUCUCAACAAAACAAGCAUUUCCGGCUUCACGUUGUCCUUGGAGCUGUAACAAAUCCACCUAGCGGCUCAAGCCCAUAUUGCAACUAUGAUGAUGCACUUAAUGUGUGCGACGAGAUGACUGCAGCCGAUGGUUCCAGAGAAUAUUUCAUCCCUUUGCAGGAAAUGAAAACACCGCCACUGAUCAUAAGAGGCCGAUCACCUUCCAACUACACCUCAUCUCAAAAGGUUGCCGUUAGAACAAGUUCGUCAGUUGCAUUGUCUGAUAAGAAUUCCACCAGCUCGAUCAGCCCCGUUAUUAUCUCUCCGCGGUCUUCGAUUCCUCCAAGUCUUUCGCCGCCAGAGCAGAAGACGAACAGAUCUUCGAAGAGGAGAUCCAAGGUAAGCGAGAAUCCGCCAUCAUUAUCGUCGUUAGUUAACGCUGGAGUCGGACAAAAUGAGUACCGAACGUCAAAAAGAGUGGAGACAAUAGAACACAUCGAGAGGCUAUACAAGGAGAAAACGUCUCUAAGUUUAAGGACUUCAGAGGAAAGCAAUCGAUGUCGAAAUGAGGAUAAAGCAAGCGACAUGAAAAGGCCCAAAAUAUCACGGCAAGACUCCAUAGAUCCAAAAGAAAUAGAGCUUAAACCACCUACAUGUGGUUCAGAUGAGAACAUCUAUGUGGUAGGCUCGCUGGCACUGACGGCUACUUUCCAAUCGGAUCAGAAUGAUUUAAAGCUUAAGAGAAGGCGAGUAAACAAAGUUGAAGCUCGCACGAUUGCUGACGCGGAAAUUCUCAAAAAGGAGCCCAAGAAAUGUCUCCUAUCACCAAAGUUGCCGGCACAGUCUUCUACGGCGCCACCGUCACCACGCUCCCCAAUCGAGGAUUCUCAAGGAGAAGAAUCAUUUGGCGAUUCCUUGAAUCACGAUCUUCACUCCAUAUCCCUAUCCAUACUGGACGAAACAUCGUCGAAUUACCGCCACGAUCCCAAUUAUAUUCAUUCGAAUCACGAAAAUAUUGCAAGGUCUUUCCCUCGAGUUAUCGGCGAGACCUCCUUCACUAACUUAUACGUUUACAAGCAUGACAAGUUCCGAAUGAAGGAUCGUCUUCCAUCUAGAGAAAUUUUAAGUCUACCGUCCCAGGUUGUCGAGGGUGACGAGUUCUACCAAGAGAUUAGCUUCUAUAGGCAUUAG